GGCUAACUUCAACGUGUACGGUGUCCGGAUAUUUCCUUUUUUCUUGAACAGUUUUAUCUUCAAAUUCAGGAGUUUUCAUCUCCAUAUUAUUGAAAUCAUGUUUGCUGAUACUCUGUUAAUUAUCUUUAUUUCAGUCUGCACAGCCUUGUUGUCAGAAGGAAUUACUUACAUUUUGGUGUACAGAACUGAGACUUACAAGAAACUGAAAGCAGAGGUAGAGAAACAAAGCAAGAAACUUGAAAGGACGAAAGAAGCCUUUGGUGAUGUAUCGGACAAAAAUCAGAAGAAAAAGCUUGAACGACAGGAAGAAAGGUUGAAAACGAAUAGCCGGGAUCUUUCCAUGGUGAAGAUGAAAUCUAUGGUUGUCAUUGCAUUCACCUUCACCUCACUCAUGAGCAUGUUCAACUCAAUAUUUGAUGGUCGUGUGGUUGCCAAGCUUCCAUUCACCCCGAUCUCAUGGUUACAUGGAAUCUCACAUCGGAAUCUUCUUGGGAAUGACUUCACAGAUUCAUCCUUCAUCUUCCUCUAUAUAUUGUGCACCAUGUCAAUCCGUCAGAAUAUUCAAAAGCUUCUGGGAUUUGCGCCUUCAAGAGCAGCAGCGAAGCAGUCUGGAGGCUUCUUUGGGCAGACGCAACCAGGAGUUAAAUAGCGCCCUCAAUGUAAUGUCGAUGGCAACCAGAGAGUGUCCUUCAGGUCAUUGAUUCUUCUAUUAAAUCAUCAUUCAUUUCUUAGGGCCGAGUCCACCCCAACAUCAGGUUUUGAAUACAGAGGGCCAGUAUUCUGCAAGACUUUAACAGUGAACAUUUUUGUCAAAAUCAGAUGUUGAACUAAAAAAAAUAUAUUGCAGUUUUCCCUUUUUUUUCAUAUGACCUAUAACCCUGGUCAACCUUAAAACAAAGCUGAAUGGUAUGUGGAUGAUGUCACACUCAAUAACACUUAAUCACUAUGAUUCAACUUGGUAUUGAAUGUUUUUAUUGUAUAGAACAUGUUUUCAUUUGCAAUGGAAAGCUAUUUUAAAUGUUGCUCCCGUCUACAUGAUUGUAUAAAAAUUGUGUUAUUUGAAAUUCUUAUCUUAUCGAGUUCAUAAUGAAUGAUGAGUGUCAUAUCAUUAGCCUACCAAUACCAGUAUUGACCAUAUUACUAUCUGAAGAAAUGAAAAAUUGGGAACAUUUAGUCUUGUGACUUUCUGAGUUUGCAAUUGAUUUUGGUUAAAUUCUAACUUUGGCCGAUUUUAUUUUCUCCUUUGUAGUAAAAACAAACUUGAUGUUGGGGCGCACUUAGCCUAUAAAACCAGUACAUUAUGAUGGAGAAAAUGGUGUUUUAGAUAUUGUUAAAUGGUACCGAUAAUCACGGCAAUGGAAAAAGAAUGUUAUUACAUGUACCUUGAAGUGCAUUCUGUAUUUAUUUCCCCUCUCCUUAUCUCUUUGUGCACAAUGUAUGGUUUAUUUUGUCAAAUGCACAGUGGUGUCUUUGGAUGAAUUGUGAAUUGCUUGACUGAUUUGCCAAGGAAAAGAGGUCUUCACUUUGGCGAAAUUGGGGCCUAUUUCAUAAACUAUGGAGACUUUUGCCAAUCAUUGUCAGUACCAUAGAAACCUUGAUUGUAAUUUGCUGGUGAACCCUGUUACCAGGGUAGUUGCCACAAUGGCAGAAUUACCAUACUCUUUAUGAAAGUGUCCCCUGGAACCGACCUUCAAAUCAGGAUCCCAUUCCCCAAAAUUGAUAAUUAAUUGUGCUACUGUUUCUUCUUUGUUCCCUAUCUUUCUUUUUUCUCUUUUUAGAGGGGGGGGGGGGAAUUAGUCCAUAUACAGUUUCUACUUGCCAAAGUUGCUUACAGAAAUUUAUUUAUCUUGAAAUUUCAUUUUACUGCAAACUGGCUUUCAUUUUGCCACACUGAACACAGAUAUCAUGCCAAAACAUUUUUAAUAUUACUGAUGGCACACCGAUAUAUCAAAACACAACAAUGAUCCUUGCAAACACAGUACCCCCAGCAAGUUCCAUGCCCAUGGUUGGGUAAUGAUUGUGUUUAUUCUUUUUUAUUUGAGUAUUGAGUUCCAUAUCUCGGGGGAAUACAGCUGAAAAGUUUUUUCAGUGCUAGUGGAUAUAUGGGAGAAAUGACAUGAACUGAAGCCAGGGGAGCAUUUAAUACAAUAAAUAGUGUUUAUUACUGACAACUGUUAUAAGCUACUGAAAUCAUUACAUCUGAUUGGCUCGGAGCAAAUAGGUCUGUGAAAAAUAACCAACAAGGUGCUCCAUGUGACAGUAUCCCCAAGUGACCUUUCAUUAGUUUCAAAGUUAAAGAGAAAUUCCAGUAGUUGCAGUAAACACUGAUAUCAUGAGAAAGUCUGUAAAACCAGGCUGAAUUGUCAGUAUACCAUCGAGGAUCUAGAUCUGGUACAGUUACAUAAACUGGUCUUUGUGAAAUCUUGAAAUCUACGCUGAAAAAUGUUCAGACUGAAGAUCCCCAACACAGAUAAGGGCACGUGGGACAAUGUAUAAUUAUUGCUGAGAGUGUCGGGCCCGACGCUCUACCCGAAUCCUGUGCUUAUUUGCUGAUUUCUCAGCAAUUACACAAUUUCUUCCAAAAUCCUUUGGCACAUGCGUUUUAUUUAUACAAACAGAAACUUUGGUGGUCAUGUCAUUGGAUUCUGUACGAACUCAUUUUGAUAUCGUUACCAAAACUGGCAUUUACCUUUAAAUUUAAACACUCAACUUUCAUGGGAAAAUCAACAUCAUUCAGGGUCCUGUCUUGCAAAGAGCUGUGAUUGAUCUAAUCAAACAAAACCAUGGAAAACAAGCAAUAGCAACUUCUGAAAUGCAUAUGUCUGUUAAAGGUGUUAUCUAAAUACAAUGUUUAGCAUUUAUAGUAUAAGCAUGCAUCAUUGUCUUUGCUAGCGUGCUCCACUUUAUGUUUGGUCGUUGUGCAAAUUUUCUGAAUGAAAGAUUAUGACAUUACUAGAUUUCCAUAGUUAGCAGUUGAUUUGAUCAAUUACAACUCUUCGUCAGACAGGCCCUGGUGUUUACCCAGUAACAGGUGUUGUCCUCCACCUAGAUCGGAAUCAAUGGCCCAUAUUCUGAAGUCUGGUUUAACUUUAACUCAGGUUUAAAGUUGUGGUUUAAGCAUGGAUAGCCAAUUGUUGCAUAAAUCACUAACGGUAUAGAGAUAUUAUAAUUCAGCUCAUUUGGCUCUCAAAUCAUUUAUAGUUGUCUAGGAAGUAUAAAUAGAUGAUUGUCUUCACCAUCGAUGAAUCAGGAAAGAGCAUGGUUAACAUAAGAAACAUACAACUUAAUAAAAAUUUAGACACUUUUGGCUUCCCAUAAUUUUAGCACAGAGUUAGACCAUGGUCUAAAUUAAACCUGACUUCAGAAUACGGGCCAAUGAUACAUGUCUCUACAUUGGAAAAGAGCUUAAUUUCUAACUACAGGGUAACUGUUGUAUAAGCACAUUCGUGAUAGUGGGACAACAUCACCUUAUGAGCAGUUUUGUGAAAGGGGCCCUUAGAUAGUUAAAAUAUUAAUACAGGAUAUGUAUUGUUCUACAAAAUAUCUUUCUAUGUAUCGUUCUCCAAUUUAGUAUAACAGUAGGGCACUUCCAUAUUAAAAUAAUCAACCUUUUUGUAUGUCCGGCCCCCAUUUUUCUCAAGUUUUACUUUACUUCAUAAACUGACCAAGUCAUGAUCGUUUGAGAGCAUUGCAGACUGUCAAAAGAACUAGAAAUCAGAGACAGAAAAUUUCGUGAAGGUACAUGGGGUCGGACGUGCAUAACAUUUCCAAGUCAUAUUGUAUUGUUUUCGUCUUGCUCAAACUACAAAUCUGAAUUUUAGUUUGAUUUUAAUCAAUUUUUGGAUUAACAGAUAGUGUAUUGCAUUAUGUUGUCAUUAAUUAAGCCCCGAAAUGUACUUGUUUUCAUUGUUGAUUCUACUGUUUUUAUCCUUGUAUGUCUAUGAUAAUUGUCUUUUCGUUGUGAUAUUCCAAAUAAAACACAAUUUUUUAUCAGA